AGCACAGUGUCUCCACUCCGCUGCAUCCGAAACUACAAACACUGAUUGCAUCCGUUCUUUCCUUGAUCACUCUCUAACUAAGCAUUACCUCGGACACGUUGAUGUGUGUCGGAAUACCAGGAAGGAAGGAAGACACAAAUUCCCACGAACAAUGUCAGUGUCUUUCUCUUCAACUUCGCUUCCGUUCUCCGAAGCUUCUUCAUUCGCAUUCCAAAGACACCCACAUCUUUGCUCUAAUCCACACACAGUUGCAUCAAAUAACUUCCACUCAGUAACUUAUCGUGGUCGUCUUGCACUGAAUGUUGGAGGCGGCACAAGCUUGUGUCGAAGAUUUCGUGGCUUCAAACUGUGGGUACUUGAGAGACUCAACUUUCAAUUUCAGUCACCAAAGCAACCUAAGAAUAUAAUUCGCUUCGAAAGUAAUUUGGAAAGCUCGGGUUUAUCAAAUGAAAAGGGACCAGUUUCUGAUUCAUCCUCAAUUCUCCGUGCUCCUGAUGAUAAGAUCACUUCCAUGGACUCUCCAUCUUUGCUUCAGACAGGUUUGUCUGCUACUCCGAUGGAUGUUAGCAGAAAACCCUCACUUUGCAUUUCUGUCAUAGGAGCCACCGGUGAGCUGGCAAAGAGUAAGAUUUUCCCUGCUUUAUUUGCCCUCUACUACAGUGGCUUUCUUCCUGAGAAUGUAGGCAUUUUUGGGUAUUCAAGGAAGGAUAUAACGGAUGAAGACCUGCGAUCUAUUAUAGCUUCAACAUUAACAUGCCGAGUUGAUCAUCAAGAGAAUUGUGAGGACAAAUUAGAUGCUUUCCUCCGUAGAACAUAUCAUAUCAAUGGAGGCUGUGACAAUAAAUAUGGGAUGUCCAUGCUGAAUGCCCGAAUGGAGCAAAUUGAGGGAGGAUCCAAAACCAACAGGAUAUUCUACCUUUCUGUGCCACAAGAAGCAGUUUUAGAUGUUACGGCUUGUCUUUCUAGCACUGCUCAGACUCAAACAGGAUGGAAUCGCAUAAUAUUUGAGAAGCCAUUUGGCUUUGAUGCACUUUCUUCCUAUAGGAUGACACAAUAUCUUCUUUCAAACUUUGAGGAAAGGCAAAUAUAUAGGAUUGAUCAUCUUCUAGGAAGGAAUCUCAUUGAAAAUCUCACAGUUUUAAGGUUUUCAAAUCUAGUUUUUGAGCCACUUUGGAGUCGUACUUACAUAGACAAUGUACAGGUCAUUUUAUCAGAGGACCUGACCAAGCAUCCAGGAAGAUAUUUCAGUGGCUAUGGGAUUAUCCGUGAUAUUGUUCAUAGUCACAUUCUCCAAACAAUUGCAUUGCUUGCCAUGGAACCACCAGUAAGCCUUGAUGGAGAAGAUAUUCGAAAUGAAAAGGUCAAGGUUUUGAGAUCAAUUCGCAAAUUGGAGCCUAAGGAUGUGAUUCUUGGGCAAUAUAAGGCAAGUGGUGGAGCCAAAGUUGACACAUGCUUAAAUGGUCUGACACCUACUUAUUUUGCUGCUGCACUAUACAUUGACAAUGCACGGUGGGAUGGUGUGCCAUUUUUUAUUAAAACAGGCUUGGGACUCAUCAAACACCAAAUGGAGAUACGGAUUCAAUUCCGAAAUGUUCCGGGUAAUGUGUACCGUGAGUGCAUGGGGCAUAACAUGGACCGUGCUGUGAAUGAGCUCAUUCUCCGUGAUGUUCCUGAUGAAGCUAUUUUGGUGAGAGUUAACAACAAGGUUCCAGGACUAGGCUUGCAACUGGACUCUUCAGAACUAAAUUUGCUUUACAAGGACAAGUACAACAUGGAGGUUCCAGAUUCGUAUGAGCAACUUCUUCUUGAUGUCAUUGAUGGAGACAACCAUUUGUUUAUGAGAAGUGAUGAACUGGAAGCAGCAUGGAACAUUCUAACUCCAAUUCUGAAUGAGAUAGACAAAGAAAACAUAUCAGUGGAGCUUUAUGAGAUGGGGGGUCGAGGUCCUGUCGGGGCAUACUACCUUUGGGCAAAACAUGGUGUCCGUUGGGUAGAGGAUUAAUAACAACUCUCCUAGUUUUGUUUAGAUUUAAUUAAUCUUUUUGGUCUUUAUAAUUUGUACUAAUUUUUUGUUUUUGUCUCUCCAUACUUAAAAACUGUCUAUAUAAACAAAAUUUUAAUGUUUUAUCACUUA